UAGAUGCUUAAUUCAUCUCUACCAAAAAUAUCACAAUUAAUCACAACCAUCCCAGCAUAGCCUAAUGUUUGUGGGUAUCCUUGCAGCUUGUGCCUUGAUAUAAUCUCUUCUUCAUAGGAAAAACCCUUACAUUUGUUUUCUUAAAAGAAAAAUCUUAUCCCCAUAGAAUCUAACCUAGGAUAUCUGCCAGCCAACGGGAGCAAAACAUCCCAACAAGAGCACUCAUGGGCUGCAUCGUGGCCCGUGGGUUAGAGCUUGCACAGCCUUGGCCCGUGUGACCGUGUCAUAUGUAGUGCUUCAAUUCGUUAAUAGGAUAAAGAAUUACUAAAAUAAAGCUUCGGAGGGAGGGCCGUCUUCGAGCGCAAGAAAGGGGUGGGAGCGCAUCCUCCUCCCUUCGAUUCCCCCCUCCCCUUAACUCCUUUAUUUUAAUUUGCUUCUCAAUCUCCGGCCAAUCGGUACUCGACUUCGGUCGAUAACGGGAUGUUGGCCCAGCGGCUUAGGAGUUCCGGCCGCGCGAUCUUUCGGACCGGGAGCCCGAGGGCUUCGGGAGGUAGUGGCAGCUCUAUUUUUCGAAGCGUAGCGGUUCCCAACCUCAAGAGGAGAGCGUCGAACACCUGGUCGGCAGUUCAAGAGACCUACCUCUCUACCAAGCAAGUCUUUGAGAGUCACCGUGUGGUCUUCACAAUUGGGACAUCUAUAGCAUCUAUUCUGACUGCUUGGGCAGGUUAUUCUUUACGUCAGUAUCAUCAAUCAAAAAUUGAGAAAAGGCUUGGAUCGAUUGAACAAGCUUUGAAAAAUAACUAUGAAGUUGAGAAUCAAGAGAUUAAAAAAAUUGUUAGUUCUGGAAAUGUCAGCACUGCAGCUUGUGUUGCUACAGCUUGGACUUCUCUGGUUAUUGGUUAUGGUCUGGGUUGGCGGAGUGGAGCAUGGUACACCAAUAGAAAAUUCCGAAGGGAGCAGCUCAAAUUGAUGGGUCAAAUAAAGCCACAAAAAUGGCAAUUUUUGAGAAGACCAUUUGUAAGAUUCAGGAAUACUCGUCCAGUCCAUAAAAUUCAAGUUUCCCCUCCAGUGGCUGAUGCUGGCUCACUUGCUGCUCAGCAGUUGCACAAAUCUCAGUAACCUGUAACAGCAUCUGCAAUUUUGGUUCACUGUAGAUAUUUCCAAGGAGAAGACAGACAUUUACUACAUGGUCCAACAUAUAGUUCUCUAAAUAUGAAGGAUUGUAGUUUCAGAUCAUAUAGCAUGUGGGGUGCUGCCACCUGGUGGAAUGACGAGGAAAUGGUUGCUGGUAUGAAGGAGAUUUAGGUCUUUCUUUGCUUGUUUUACUUCCAGUUCUGUUUCAUUGGUCUUGAGCAACCACUGAGAAGCUUGCUUUUAGGGUUCAAUUGAAGAAAUUCAUCAAAAACGUACCUGUUAUUAAAAUGUUUUUCGAUAUAGCGUUCUAAAAGCAUUGUCACCUCUGAUUCAGAAUUGUAAGAGUUGCUUGCAUCAGGUUGUUCGAGAUAAAAAGGGGGACAAGAAGAAAAAGGGCAAGAGGCAUUUGCCAAGAAGAGAGUGAAGCUCUCUGUCAAGGAGCAAUUAUUUGCGAAGAUGGUACUCAAUUGUGUAUUGUGAUAUGGUUUGUGGAGGGUCCUGAAAGAUAUAUGGACCAUAAUUCUAAGCUUUUACCGUUUAUUUGAUUAGCUAUGAGUUGCACAAUAGCCUCCUUUCCUUCUAGCAAGUGCACCGACAUCAGCUCCUGCACCACUCAGUAUCUGCUCGGAUGGUGUCAUUCCCUGCUGUUCGUGCAAGGAGUAGGAUUUGAUUUGGGUCAAAGGUGGCCCUCCAAAGUGGGGUGAGCAUAUGGAAGAUAAGUGGGGAUUAGCCCUCCUAAUAAUAAUUAAAAAAAAAGAUUUUGUAAUUUUUUAUUAUUUUUAUCAACUUGCUGGACUUUGAACAUUCUGUUAUACGGUAACUUGUGAAAUUCCCAUUACUGAUGUAGAAUCCUGAGCACACAGAUUGUCAAAUUGUGUUGCUAUCUUACUUUUCUUAACGUAGUGACAGUAACGGCAACUUUUUAAUUAUUUAAAAUUGAAUUAUCCGUGGAUUUUUCAUUGUUUGAUUCA